AUGGGCUCCGACGCCAAACCUGCCAGAGCCACCAAGGCCACCAAGGCCGACAAGUCGGACAAGGAGGACAAGUCCAAGGUGCACAAGCUGGCCCUCAAGGGAAGCGCCAAGCUUGUGGCCGAAUUCUUCCAAUACUCGAUACACACCAUCCUCUUCCAACGAGGUGUCUAUCCGGCAGAAGACUUCUCAGCCGUCAAGAAAUACGGCCUCAACAUGCUAGGUUCGACCAGACUCCCUCCCAUCCCCAUCCCGCCAUCGCAUCCUCCUCCUCCCUGUUCCCUGCCACUCUCCUCUUCUUCCCCCAGCAAAGUCCCCCGCCAGCUAACCAACGCGCUUCCCCCCCCUCCAGUCUCCUCCGACGACCAGGUCCGAGCCUACAUCAAAAAGAUCAUGUCCCAGCUAGACCGCUGGAUGCUCCGCGGCAAAAUCUCCAAGCUCGUCAUCGUAAUCACAGACAAGGACACGGGCGAACACGUCGAGCGCUGGCAAUUCGACGUUGAAAUAUUUGGCAGACCCGCCAAAUCAAAGUCAUCCAAGACCUCCAAAUCCUCCUCCUCUUCCUCCUCCUCCUCAAAACCAACAGACCAAGAAAACGCCGCAUCACCCGCGGAAGACGCCGCCGCCGCCGCCCCCGAAAAAACAGAACAAGAAAUCCAAUCCGAAAUCGCAGCCAUCUUUCGCCAAAUCACCGCCUCCGUCACCUUCCUGCCCCAGCUCGACGGUGACUGCACCUUCAACGUCCUCGUCUACGCCGACGCCGACUCCGAGGUGCCCGUCGAGUGGGGCGACAGCGAUGCCAAGGAGAUUGUCAAUGGCGAGCGCGUCCAGCUGCGCGGGUUUAGCACCAGCAACCACCGCGUUGAUACACUCGUCAGCUACCGCCUCGCUGAUUAG